GUCCCGGGCUUGAAUCCCGCCCGGGCCGCGGAGCCCGACGUGGGGGCGCACGGUGCGGGCCUGACACCGCCCUCCCUCCGCCCAUCGUGCCCCGGACUCCCCGCUGCCAGCCGCGCGGCCCAUGUGGGGCCCGGGGCUCCUGCGGUCUCCCCCGCCGCCGUCGCUGCUUCUGCGACUCGGAACCGCCUCUGGCUGCCCGACUCCGGCCAGAACCAUGAGCCUGGGCGGCGGCGGCGGCGGCUGCAGCGCUCUGCGCCCGCAGCGGUGCGUGAGGCUUUCGGCGGUCCCGGGCGCCGACCCGCAGCGCUGCAAUGAGCUGCUGCUGCUGCUGCUGGCGGAGAGGGAGGGCCCGGCGCGGAGGGGCGCCCCUGGGGCGGAGGAAGAGCCGCCGCGCCCGGCGCCCCAGCAUCAUGUCCUCUAUUUCCCCGGGGAUGUGCAGAAUUACCAUGAAACUAUGACACGACAUCCUGAGAAUUACCAGUGGGCAGACUGGAGUCUAGAAAAUGUUGCCACCAUGUUGGCCCAUCGUUUCCCCAAUAGCUACAUCUGGGUGAUCAAGUCUUCUCGAAUGCAUUUGCACAAAUUCACCUGCUAUGACAAUUUUGUGAAAAGCAAUAUGUUUGGUGCACCUGAACACAACAACAACUUUGGAGCCUUGAAACACCUUUAUAUGUUAGUAGUUAAUGCUUUUAAUUUAAGUCAAAACAGUUUUCUACCAAAGAAUACAAGAGAUUUGAGCAAGGACUCCAGAGUUUCAAAUUGUAGAUCCAGCUCUUCUCCUCCCUCUAAUGGUUGUCAGAAAGGAAAUGAGAACAUCUGUGAACAUUUUGACGAGCCUGUCAUGAGUUUUCAUCCACCCUCACUAAACGGUGCCUCUUUUACUUUGGUUGGAUUCAGUAAAGGUUGUGUCGUUUUGAAUCAGUUGCUUUUUGAAUGGGAGGAAGCCAAGAAAGACAAAGAGAUGGACACUUUCAUCAAAAGCAUCAGAACAAUAUAUUGGCUAGAUGGGGGUCAUUCUGGAGGAAGCAACACAUGGAUCACUGACCCAGAAAUCUUGAAAGAGUUUGCUCAAACAGGAAUUGUUGUUCACACGCACGUAACACCUUACCAAGUACGAGACCCAAUGAGAUCAUGGAUUGGGAAGGAGCACAAGAAAUUUGUGCAGAUCCUUGGAGACUUGGGUAUGCAAGUGACGAGCCAACUUCAUUUUGUAAAUGAAAAUCCUUCCAUAGAGAAUCACUUCAGGAUUCAUGAAGUAUUUUGAGACCAUAAGAUUAAAAAUGUGCCUGUUCUGCAGAA